CUUCUUCUUCUUCAGAUUACUCUGCAAAUAUCCUAAUUGAAGAGUUGGGAGAGAAGGGCUGAAAGGGGAGGAGAGGAGAAAGCCACUAAUGGCGGAUUCAUCGCAUACAACUGCCAGUUUCUUGGCUCAGACCAACGCUUUGUUCAGGAAGAACCUCAUUUUCCAGAGAAGAAAUAUGAAGGCAAGCAUUAGGCUCGUUUUAUUCCCAAUGUUUCUCUGUUUGGUGCUUUUCUUGGUCCAAAAGGUGGUUAACAAUGAAUUGGAUAAGGAUCCUCAGUUAAGGUGUGGCUGCUCCUGCAUUGGCAAAAAUGCAGAUGGUUCAUGUAAAAAAACUGUAUGUGGUAUUGAGUACUCGGAAUUGGGACAAGCAGUGUAUUGUCCCAUUCAUAGGCCUCAGGAAUGGCCAGCUUUAUUGCAAGUGCCAGAUUCAGCAAGUCGUUUUCCAGAUGAGCCCUGCCAACGGAAUGACUCCUGCCCAGCUACUAUACUUUUUACUGGGGGAAACAGAUCUCUUGGAGAAAGCGUAGCAAGAAAUUUUUUCACGGGUACUUUCACUCCAAAUUCUUCAGAUAUGUUGCAGAGCUUAGCCAAUAUUGUGCUGGGUUCAUCCUCAGAACCUGCUCAUAACAAUUUUUUGGAGCCAGCUUUCAGUUCUGAAAUUCCAGUUUAUAUCCUUCAAUCUCAGUGUGUGCCAAAUUUUACACUUUCCUUUCCCAUCCAGAUAGCUUCCCGCACAAUGCAGAAAGAGGUGAGAUGUGUGCAAGGUUUAAAUUUAUGGUGCAACAGUUCUUCAGAGAUAAAUGAUGAUCAAUUUAAUGGAUCCACAGAAGGGAAGUCUAAUGAGAUUGUUGCAGCUUAUGAUUUCUUGAAUUCAAAUGAGAAUAAUUUCAAUGUGAGGGUAUGGUACAAACGGAGGGAUGAUCAUAGUAUUUUUCAAAACAGUCCUCCUGAAUUGGUCCGGGUUCCACGAUCAGUGAAUGUGGCCUCCAAUGCCUACCUUCAGUUCUUAAAGGGUGCUGGCACGAAAAUGCUAUUAGAAUUUGUCAAAGAGAUGCCAAAAACUGAAACAAGACUCAGUUUGGAUCUCUCUUCUCUUCUUGGUGGACUCUUCUUUUCAUGGGUUAUUUUGCAACUUUUCCCUGUGAUAUUGACAUCUCUGGUUUAUGAGAAGCAACAAAAACUAAGAAUCAUUAUGAAAAUGCAUGGGCUUGGUGAUGGUCCUUAUAUGUUAAUUUCUUAUGCCUAUUUUCUUUUCUUAUCCUCAAGUUACAUGUUAUGUUUUGCCAUAUUUGGCUCACUUGUAGGUGAGAUACGACCCCUGGAAUCAAUCUGCUCUACAUGGCUUUCAAAACUGAAAGUGUUGUCUAACUCAGAUCUAUUCCUUACAGGGUUAAAUACCUUCACGAUGAAUGACUACAGUAUACAAUUUGUGUUUUACUUCAUCUAUAUUAACUUGCAAGUUUCAUUCGCAUUUUUAGCAGCAACGGUUUUUUCAAAUGUUAAGACUGCUACAGCAAUAGGGCACAUAUGCGUCUUUGGAUCGGGGCUCUUAGGAGCUUUUCUUUUCCAGACAUUUCUUGAAGAUAAUUCCUUUCCAGGGCAUUGGAUUAUAGUUAUGGAGUUAUUUCCUGCCUUUUCUCUAUACCGUGUUAUAUAUGAAUUUGGGCAAUAUGUUCAACCGGGAAUUCCUGUUGGGAUGAGGUGGAAAGAUCUGAAUGAUAACACAAAUGGAAUGAGAAAGGUUUUAAUUCUCAUGAUUUUGGAAUGGUUUGUGGUCCUUCUCGUCACAUAUUAUUUAGAUCAAGUGGUAUCAUCUGGAGGUGGCAUGCAAAAGCAUCCUCUUUUUUUCUUGCGAAGUGUCCAGAAGAAGAAAUUACCAUCUUCUUCGAAGCCUAGCAUGCAAAGACAAGGAUCUACGGUUUUAGCUCAAAUGGAGAAACCUGAUGUCUUCCAAGAGAGGGAGAAAGUUGAACAGUUACUCCUUGAAUCCAGUACAAGUUAUGCUGUUGUCUGUGACAACAUAAAAAAGGUGUAUCCAGGGAAGGAUGGAAAUCAUGAUAAACUUGCAAUUGGAGGGUUAUCUCUUGCUUUGUCCAGAGGGGAAUGCUUUGGUAUGCUUGGACCUAAUGGUGCUGGGAAAACCUCUUUCAUUAAUGUGAUGACUGGGCUCAUAAAGCCAACAUCAGGAAUGGCACUUGUGCAGGGUGUGGACUUACAGACUGAUAUGAACAAAAUAUACACGAGCAUGGGUGUCUGUCCACAGCAUGACUUGCUUUGGGAAACACUAACAGGACGAGAGCACCUACUAUUUUAUGGAAGACUGAAGAACCUCAAAGGCGCGGCAUUAACACGAGCAGUGAAAGAAUCCCUUAAGAGUGUAAAUCUAUUUCAUGGAGGUGUUGCUGAUAGAAAGGCGGGAAAAUACAGUGGAGGGAUGAAGAGGAGGCUUAGUGUUGCCAUUUCACUGAUCGGGAAUCCUAAAAUUGUCUAUAUGGAUGAGCCUGGCACAGGAUUAGAUCCAGCUUCCAGAAAGAAUUUGUGGAAUGUUAUCAAGCAUGCAAAGAGAGACAGGGCAAUCAUUCUCACCACUCAUUCAAUGGAAGAGGCAGAGUUCCUGUGCGACCGAUUGGGGAUCUUAGUGGAUGGCAGUUUACGGUGCAUAGGAAGUCCAAAAGAGUUGAAGGCUAGGUAUGGAAAAUCAUAUGUGUUAAUGAUAACGACAUUGAAUCAAGAGGAGGAGGUGGAGAACUUGGUGCACCAGCUCUCUCCAAAUGCAAUCAAGACAUACCAUUUAUCCGGAACCCAGAAGUUUGAACUGCCAAAGCAUGAAGUUAGGAUUGCAGAUAUUUUCCAAGCAAUUGAGAUCGCAAAGAGAAUGUUCACAAUACAGGCAUGGGGUCUGUCUGACACCACCUUGGAGGAUGUCUUCAUCAAGGUUGCUCAAUAGGUUGAAGCGUUCAACAUGCUUUCAUGAUUGUUAAAGACGCAUAUAAUUUUUCUUAUUUCUUAUUUCUUUCAUUGUUGUCGAUGAGUACUAUGUUUUUGUCAAGUAUACUUGAAUUGGUUUAUUUUGUUA